AUGAAGAAGACAAAAGAGACAUCGGAUCGAAGCCGAGAGGACGACGAAAAAAUCUCAGUCGUAGACGGCGACUCUGACGAGGAUGUGGAGUGUGAAGUAGAGAAGGAAACACCGAAAAUCACUGAAAAAUCGUCAUUACCGCGAUUUUCCGUUACCAACAUUCUCUCGCCGUUCAAUAACUUAGCUCGAGUUCAACAGCAUCUUCUUAAAAUGACAUCCUCGCCUUUGAAUGAGCACUCGUUGGCGUUUGGCUACCGUCCAGCUGGCACCUUGCCCACUUCCUACUUUGGUGCAGCACCAUUUCAAGGGUAUCAAGGCGACUUCACGAGCUAUAUGACGAACCCGGGAUGGUACGGUGGUGGGGAUCCACGGUUUGCUGCAUUGCUACCGUGUGGCAUCGACCCUUCCAGAGCCUGGGGACAUGAAUUCAACUUCCGAUGUCUUCAACGGCGUAAAACGACGGGUUCUAUUUCAGUGUAUGAGCUUGAACGUCGUUUCAAGCAGGCUAAAUAUUUGACCGCACCAGAACGAGAACAAUUGGCGAACUCAAUUCAUCUUACCCCGACUCAGGUGAAAAUCUGGUUCCAAAAUCAUCGGUACAAGUGCAAACGACAGGAGAAGGAAAAAGCCAUGACGGGUGGUCUCAGCCAUCGCGACGACUCGGCCAGUCCGCAAUCGGUGGAUGGGGAUGGGUUUGUGGUCUCUUCGUCAGUCUAUCCUCCACAGCCCGCUGCCUUCACUUUUCCAUUUGGAUCACAGUCCUAUUCAGCCGCUCAAUCAGCAUAUUACAAUCAAAUUCGUGGCGUUGGCUGG